UACGCCCAUAACAACGAACUAGUCCUCUUAGGACCCCAAUUAAUUUCCACCUAACAACACAACCAAUGGACCAGAAUAGAGCCAAGCAAGCAAAAUCCUUCAAGAGAUUAGAUACCUUUCUUGAAGAAUUUAAAGAUGCAAAACCACAGUAGAGAAGGAAAUACCAAGUUUUUAUCUAUAGCGUGGAGCUUGAUAUUUCCACAUAUUCUUCCAAUAUCAGAUAUCCCACAUGCCUUCUACCACUCCCUUCAACAUUUUCAUGGAGAAAAAGAAACCUAAAGGUGGUGGCAGUACUGAUGAUUUAGCCCUAGUAAAAGCAGCUGCAUGGGCAUGGUACCACCAUGGUUCAGGGUCUGAAGGAAGGACGAUUUGUGAAUUUGAUGUUACAAGAACUCGUCAAGCUCCAAGACCAUCAAGAUACAAGCUAGAAGCUACGAGAAUAAUGAAGGCAGAUACCAUGGGAUCAGGAUCAGAAACGCCGAGUCCAAUCCGCACAGACAAUUCUCUUCUUGAUAAAUAUGAGGUAGAGAGCAUUUCAAAGCAACUUGACUAUCUUAUAGAGUCAAGCAGCAACAGAUUUUAUGGCUUCAAGAUAGAUCAUCUUGAUCAUGACCAAAGAAGUAUCUCGUCAUUCGAUAGUGAUCAAACUGGCGGAAUGAAGCAGAAGAAGGACAAGAAGAAGAAGACUUUUUUACAAGGGUUUUGGCUAAGACAUCCGGUUGUUUGUGGCACAAAGGGAGAUGUGGACACAAGAGCCUUAGUGCGUUGUGGCAGCGGCAGCGGCCGGAAAGUCAUAUUCCGGUAGUUGGGAUACUGGUUACUUGUCGAGCCACGGGAUGCCCAUGCUUGGUGAAUUAACAGUAACUUAUCAAGUUGUCGUUCCCUACACAAAUUUAUUGCAAGAAAUGGCUUCCAGCUUUAGAUA